AUGCCUUCCACAAAGCUCUUUUCCACUCUUCUUUUCUCACUAACCUUAUCUCUAUUUCUCCAAACAUCUUUUGGAGCUGACCCUCUCUUCCAUUUCUGUUCAAAUUCUCAGAAUUUCACAUCCAAUAGCCCCUAUGAAUCAAAGUUGAAAACACUCAUCACCUCUCUCAUCUACAAGACGCCUUCAACAGGCUUUGGAGUUGCCUCUGUGGGCCAAGACCAAAACCAAAAGGCAUAUGGUCUUGCUCUUUGCCGUGGUGACGUGUCUGCCUCAGAUUGUAAAACUUGUGUUUCUGAAGCACCCAAAGAAAUCCUUGAUCGCUGUCCCUACAACAAAGGUGCCAUCAUUUGGUACGACUACUGCAUGUUCAAGUACUUGGACUCUGAUUUCUUUGGCCAAAUUGACUACUCGAACAGGUUCUACAUGUGGAACCUCAACAAUGUGAGUGACCCUGCAUCGUUUAACUAUAAGACCAGAGAGUUGUUGAGUCAGCUUGCUCAGAAAGCUUAUGUGAACAAUAAAUUGUAUGCAAGUGGAGAGCUAAAGCUUGAGAAUUCAGAGACACUUUAUGGGUUGACUCAGUGCACCAGAGACCUUUCUAGCGAUGAUUGUAAGAAGUGUCUUGAUGAUGCAAUCAAUGAACUCCCAAAUUGUUGUGAUGGCAAAGAAGGAGGUAGGGUUGUGAGUGGAAGCUGCAACUUUCGUUAUGAGAUAUACCCCUUUGUCAAAGAGUAG